CUUCCCUCUCCACACGGUUGCAUUGGCCUACUUUUCAUAGUGACAUUCCUAGCUGCUGCUGCUACCUCUUAGCUAGCUCUCUCAUCCAUCCAUCCACACUCUUUCUCUUUGAUUGGCCUCGCGACCCCGCUUAACUCUGCUACCCAAGAACGGAUCCAAGAGUGAAAUCGACAACGAUAAGAGAAGGGAAAAGAAACAAUAUGGGGGAAAUGGUAGCAUCAGCAGUUGUGCAGGAGGCUGUGAGUGGAGCCGUCUCCUUGGUGUUCAGCAGCCGCACCGGAAAGGCAUCCCAGGAGGAACUCAUGGAGAGGCUGGAGAUGGCGCACAUAAAGCUGCAUGUUGGGCUCGAGAGGACCGAGAUGAUGCCCAUUACCAUCAUGCCGCUGCUUCGACUAAGGAAGAAACUGAAGGAUGUCUUCAAGGAGUGCGAUGAUCUGCUGAGCAAGGUGAGGGAUCAACAAGUGGUACCCUCUUUACGCAGAAAGAUUAUGCACGCUGUGUUGCCAUCUUUCAUUGUCCCAAGUCAAGAUAUGUUGAGCAGCUCUGUGGUUGGAAGAUUCGAGUGGUUUGCCAAGGAAGCCGACAAGUUUGUCAGGGACAUGGAGUCCGGAUGUUCACUUUCUCAGUACCGGUUUCUCAAUCCUCUCACCAGGCAUCUUCUUGAAGGCCAGGAUCUCUCCUAUCACAUGGUAAGAGGAAGCCAAACCUAUUCUCUUUGGAUAUGGACGGCUUCUGUGGAAGACAAUGGUAGAGUCGCAAGGCUAUAUUUUGAAUACAAAGACCGCAAGACGCCAGUUAAAAGUUUUCGGUUAUUUUUGGUUCUAAGACUCUACGAAAGUACAAACAUAGUUGGAGUUACCGUAAAAUGUUUGCAGUCACUAGGACCUUCAUUCAAGUCUUUGGCUGAAGUUGCAACGGGAGAAAUCACUCAAGUACCUACACAAGACGUUUCAUAUUCCCCCGAUCCAAUAUCGUGGGGUAGGAAAAGGUGUGGCUGGUCUCCAUGGGCAAACAUAGUUGGACUGACUAAAGAAUGGAGUCCAGACCCAUUUUGUUGCAUACUAAAUGGGCUCAAUAAGCCUUCUGCUAACAAUAUCAUCUUAUCCGAGUUAACAGGCAGAUUUCAACAAGAUGUUGUUCUCUUCCAGUUUACCUGCAGUUUUUCAGCUUCUGAGUACUGCUCGCGGAGCUCAACUGAUGAAGCUCGUAUAAACACCACAAAAGCCUGGCCACCUCUAGAUAAGACAGUUAUCUUUGCACCUCAUGCCUCCCGCAAACCCCAGGACGGGCCUAGCUUACAUCAAAAAGAGGAUGGAAUACAAACAGAGGCAAUCGAUUGUUUCAUUCGUCACCCUGAGCAGACCAAGUACGAUAAGAUUUGGUACCUGACACAUGGUUGGGUAAUCUUUCGUGUUUCGAAGCCGAUCACCACAACUAGGAGAGCGUCAAAGAGAAGGCGUUAGAAGUUCAGACUUCGGAGCAGAGAAAUGCUUUCUGUUUGCUUAAUUAGCCUCUAUGAGAUGGUUUGUUUAGGUACUAUCAUGGUCUUCCUAUGUAGCUACUAUUAGCCACUUCGCUAAACCCUGUCAUGUGACUUGUAACAUGGAUGUACUUGUAAAUAUCUGCCUAUGUUUUGUAAGCCUGCUGGCAAGGUCCAACAGUCGUUUGGAUCAUGUAAACUUAAGCAUUCGAACUAUCUUUAUUUAUUUUCUUUGUCAAUAUGUUCACUA